AUGCAAAGCAUUCAUCUCACAAAUGUUCGACGCGAGGAUGAUGCAACGACCAAAACUCUUCGCACCGCCCUUCGUCCAGCAGUAGACAUGUACAAUGGUUUGGAACCACACCAGCGUGAUCACAUAGCUGCCCUAAUCAUGUUCCACUGUGGGCUCUAUCGGACCUUUGGCACGAAGGAGUGUAUCCGUCAACUGGGCUUCAUUCAUAUGAAUGCUUGGGACAAGGCCGCUCAAGAGAAGGUUGUUGCCAUUUGUAUGAGCUUGUGGCGCCGUGGGAUUGCAAACUUCACCCGAGCCUACGGCCCUGCGCGCAUUUAUCGGUCACGAGAAACACAUGCGCGCCGGCAUGUCCAUGGAGAGAGCUUUGCGCGUGCCCUUUUUCAGGAAGUAUGUCAGACUCAGCUGGCGGGGCUGUGGGCGAGUCGCUUUUCCAUCGUCACAGCGGCAGCACGCGGUUCAUGGCAGGAACUUGUCCAAGCAAUCAUGCGGGUCCCGCAGUAUGGUGGCACAGGAUUCCGCGCAAAGGAGCUUGCGCAAGACUUGCUGUGGACACCCCUCAUGUGCUCUUGGAAUGUUACGAAAUGUGUUUGGGAGACCCGGUGCCAUGAUGCGAGUUCAUGGUGCCCAGUGGGACCAGGUGCCCGCAGAGGAUUGAACCGACUGAAGGGCCGACCAAUAGCACAGGACUGCUUCAGCAGCAGCUCAGCAGUUCAAGCUCGCUUCUUGGCAGAACUGAUGGAUGUGUACAACCAGGAACCCGAAAGAGCUCAUCAACGGCCAGUGGUUGGCUUGCACUAA